GUUGAUUCAAAAACAGGGAUGUUGAUGAAUUUAAAAGAUUUAAAAGAUUACAUGAGAAUAGCAAUAAUGGAUAAAUUAGAUCAUAAAAAUUUGGAUUUAGAUGUUCCAUAUUUUAAAAAUAUUCCAAGGUAA